CAACCCCAUCAGAAGCCAUUGUAAUUUAGAGGUGCUGUACCAAUAAAGAACGCUGUCUGCCCGCGGAGCAAUGUCUGACCUUGCGGAGGGCACCAUUAUCGUGGCAGCGGUGUGGCCGUGUUCCGUGGACCCCUGGGCCGAUCGCCGAAGCUGUCCAUGGCUGGAGAUCCAUUCGUGUUGGAAGGGGACGAUGAAGCCUGCAGCCAAAGCGCUGCAAGAGAUCCUUUGUGACUUUGUGCUGCCUCGGUAUUGCAUGGUUUGCAAGCGAGACUUUCCCAAAGGCUAUGGAAAGCACUUGCUGGAGGUCCAUCACUGGGAGUGUCUGCGACAGCAACUGCCAGAGGGAAGACAUAUCGUUGCAGCUUCCAUGAGCUUUUGGCAACGCUGGCAGCUGGCGGGAAACUUCCUGCGCUUCAAUCACAUCAAUGGACAGGUUGAAGUGUCGGGCUGGGAAAAAACCAGACCGAAGCUCUUGAUGAGGAGAGAAGUGCUUCCGCCCUCCAAAACCUCCAAGUUGCGAUCCUCAGCGUUGCGAAGGUCCACAUCUUUGACUUUGCUCACUGGACUUCCAAGCCCUUCAACCUUGGACUCGGGCGAUGUUUUCUUCAAGGAACACCUUGGUACUGGCCACACGCGCCGGCACCAGGUGGACUGGGAGAUGUAUCCCUAUUUGGAGCCCGACACUGAACCUGACCAGCUUCAAAUCGAAAGCUUCGCAUGGAGGCUUUGGUUGGAAUAUGUGGCUACAGACUCCGCGCUUACAGCUGUGCAUCGAUUCUUUAACCCGGGCAGGUGCGCCAUUUGUGACGCCAAGUUUUCCUCAAGUUUCGCGGAGCAUCUCUGUAGUCGUCGCCACUUCAGUGCCUUGUUCCACGCCGUGUCCACCAUGGCUCCGAAGAUGACGACCCACCCCACACAGAGCAUGGAGUCGCAGGAGGGCCAAGUGUUGGACUUGGACCAUUUGCAGCUGCUGCUCUCCCGCCGAAAAUUGCUCUCCGGCGGCGCCUUGAGAAUGGAGGAACCACCACUGAUGCUGGGCGUCACGGAGAUUGAGGAGUUCGCUUGGAGGCUUUGGCGUCAAUAUGUGGCAACUGUGGACGCAACGGAGGACGUGCAACGGCUAUUGAUUCAACAUCAAGUCUUCCAAGAGAGUCUCGUCUGUGCUGUUUGCCGCGAGACUCUACCGUGUCGAGAAGUGGGGCAACAUCUGCGCAGCCCGGGACACUUCAGGAAAUUGCUCUGGUGGUUGUUCCAAGCAAAUCUCUUGUCGCGCGCGGAUCUAUUUCGACCCAAUACUCGCUUGUUGAGACAAAACUUCAGGGCCUUUGAUUCCAGUCCCUUGACCCGUUGUUUGAAGCUCAACCAUUUGCAAAUGCUCAUCACUCGCGUGACUGGAACACCCAAAGAUGGUGGAGUCAUUUUUGAGAUCUCGACAAAAGCAGCUUCACCAUGCAAGUGUUUGAUGCUCAAUUGGGAACAAUGCCCGAAAAUGGAGGUUCAACUAACUCCCCAAUUUCGGUGA